CUCAGGGACUGUGGGUGAGGGGGGCCACCUUCUCUGCCCAGGGCCGAGCCCCCCAGCACGUGUGGGGAGCCAGGAGACCUGGGCGUCCUCCCCGAGAGCCCUCGAGUGAAGACCUCGUGGAGCAAGGCCUGGGUUGGGGCCCCGUCCGCUCCACCUCCUGCUGCCCCUGCCCCGAGGACGCAGGGCUCCUGAGGUGGGGCCUGGGGCUCUCCCUGUGUGCUUCUUGGACCCUCCGGAAGGGGCAAGGCCAGGUCUAGGGUGCAGUUGGCACCUUCGUGUCUAGCCACGGUGUGCUGGCCGCCAGGCUGGUGGCGAUGAUGCCGGACAUGUCUCCCAUCUCAUUCCUUCAGGGUCCCGGUGUCCGCACAGCUGCCCUGCGUGCUCACCCGGAGCCCUGGGUCCCUGGGCGCUGGCCGUGCCGCCCUUCUCACCCCUUACCCUUCAUCCUGACACCGGCUGUCUCUCCAGGGCCCCUGCCCACACCCCGGUGCCUUCCGAUCCUGCUGCUUCCUUCACCACCCCCGGGGCUCCUCCAGGCCACCCUACGUGCUGUCUCCCAUGUGGGGCAUUCAAGGAUGCAGCCACAGGCCACAGCCUGUCAUCUCCUCCUGCUGCUGCCUCUCUCUCCACACCCUCCGGCUGGGCCCAGCGUGAACCCAAGCGUGGCCAAGUGGCCCCAUCUGGGAGGGCCUUGGGGGCUGUGUGGAGCCUGCGCCAUCCUCAAUCCCCCAAGUCCCUGGCCUGGAUGCUGGACGAGAACCACCACCUGAUCCAGUGCAUCCUGGACCACCAGAGCAAGGGCAAGACGGCCGAGUGUGCCCAGUACCAGCAGAUCCUGCACCGGAACCUGGUGUACCUGGCCACGAUAGCAGACUCCAACCAGAACAUGCAGUCCCUGCUCCCCGCCCCGCCAACCCAGAACCUGAGCUUGGGCCCGGGAGCGCUGUCCCAGAGCGGCUCCAGCCAGGGCCUGCACUCGCAGAGCAGCCUCAGCGACGCCAUCGGCUCGGGCCUGCCGCCCGCCUCCCUCAUGCAGGGCCAGAUCGGCAAUGGCCCCAGCCACGUGUCCCUGCAGCAGACGGCACAGAGUACGCUGCCCACAACCUCCAUGAGCAUGGCGGGCAGCGGCCACGGCGCGGGGCCUGGCUACAGCCAUGCAGGGCCGGCCUCCCAGAGUACCCCCAUGCAGGGCCAGGGUGCCCUCAGCAGCUAUGUAUCUCGCUCCAACCUCAACCUGCCGUCCAACCCAGUCUCCAUGAUGCACCAGCCAUCGGCCACGCCGCACUACAGCUCGGCGCCGGGCAGCGGCCAGCACUACCAGGGCCAGCCGUCCAUCACCAUCAUGGGCCAGGGCGGCCAGGGCAGCGGCAUGCUGGGGCAGCGGCCCAUGGCGCCCUACAGGUCCUCCCAGCAAGGCUCAUCUCAGCAGUACCUGGGCCAGGAGGAGUACUACGGCGAGCAGUACAAUCACGGCCAGGGCGCCUCGGAGCCCCUGAGCCAGCAGUACUACCCCGACGGCCACGGCGAGUACGCCUACCAGCAGUCGUCUUAUGCGGACCAGAGCUACGAGCGGCCGUUUGAGGAGCCCUCCCAGCACUACUACGAGGGGGGGGCCUCGCAGUAUGGCCAGCAGCAGGCCAGCUACCAGCAGGGCGCCCAGCCGCAGGGCUACUCGCAGCCGCAGUACCCCGGGCAGCAGUACCCCGGGCAGCAGCAGGGCUACGGGCCGGCCCAGGGAACACCGUCGCAGUAUUCCGGCUACCAGCAGGGACAAGGCCAGCAGUACGGGAGCUACAGAGCAUCGCAGACGGGGCCCUCCGCCCAGCAGCAGCGGCCGUACGGCUACGAGCAGGGCCAGUAUGGAAAUUACCAGCAGUGAGGGUCAGGCGUGCUGGGCGAAGCCUCGGAGAGCGUGUGCACUGGGGAACGGACGGUGCGGCGGCGGCUCUGAUGGGUUACGACGUGCGGGUCACCCCUUCACCCAGCGCAGUGCCUGCAAGCGCAGCCCACGCCGUCCUGGGCAGGAUGCUGUGUGCACUGCUGGCCUGAGGCGGUGCUUCCGUGGUGGGACGUGCUUGGUGCUGUGUAUAGUGUUGUGUGUGGACACGACGGAGAGGUUUUCCUCUCAGCCCCUUCCCCCUGAGUCUCACUACCUUAGGGGUCAUUUGUCAGCAAAGUCCUCUGUGCCCAGCGACGGGCAGCUUGAGCACGCGCCGUAUCCGUGGGGUCACCUGAACAGACUGCGUCUUCUUUCUCUGCUCAUGCUCAUUUUGCGACGUGGGUUGUCACCUCCUGCCACUGGCUCCGCUGCAGCCCAAGGACCUGUGACGCCUGGCAGCAGCCUCUUCCUGGACCACGACGGGGGCCAGCAGCGCAUUCCAGGCUCUUUCUGUUGCACAUGCAAAGACCUGUAUGCUUCAUUGCCAGGGAGGCUGUGAACGGCCAUUUCCAGAGCUUGCUCCUUACCUGUGUCUUACACUGAUGCCAUUUAUCUCAAAGGUACAGGUUUUUAAUUAAAAAGUAAAGAGGGAUCAGUGACUGUAUCCAGAUAAAUACGAAUCGUGAAGGCAACGUACGAUUGGCCUCCCCGAGGGGACUGGUCUAACUGAGGGAAGAGGCAUUUCUCUGGGAAUUGAGCUUCCAGAAGCAAAUUUGGCCCUUGUUUAUCUGACAGUCUUUUCUGGGAUUUGAAUUCUUAACAUGCUCAAUUCUAAGUUUAUAGAUAAUUUUAAAUACUGACACCAAGUUUCCCAAACAGUUGGCAAGUUGUUUAUUUUCUAUGAUUUCUUCCAGGACCUGCUUGUUCAGCUCUCCAGGCAAACAUUCCUUUUCUCCUAGGGAUAUCUGACAUUCAUAUCCUAUUUUAAAAAGAACACCAAUAACAUUCUUGGGUUCUUCCUAAUGAAAAGUAAAGAUUUUAUGUAGAGAAAUUUGAGUUGAGCAAUUUUUACAUGCCUGGAACAUUCUAUUCUAUUUAAAACUGUGCAUAUGUUGAAGACAGCUUACUUGGAGAAGUAUGAACAAAGGAAGAAUCUUAGAUUUUUAUUAUUAAGUAGAACGGACAUUUGAUCAACCAUUACUUGGAUACUAACGUUCGUAUUUACCAGGAAUCCUUAAAGAAUACACACACACACACACACACACACACACAGCUUUGGAUAAAUGCCAAAGUAUUUCCAAGAUCUACUGAGGAAAUACGAAAAAUAUCCUGUACUGGAUAUGUGAGGUCUACUGAAGGCAGUGUUUUUCUUUAGUUGAUGAGCUUUAUGUUUUGAAAAUUAAAUGUAAGUCUUUAUCCAGAGUGAGUUAGUGCUUUACAACUUGCAAGGUGUUUUUAUUUAUUUAUUUAUUUAUUUUUGCUUGCGUGAACCCUGUCAUCCAUGUGGGGAAAAGUGGAGGUGGUUCGUGUUCCCGUCUCAGAGGCGGAGGCUGAGCCCAGACUUGCCCCAUGGCAGCCAGUUCUGUCCUGGCUCUCCUGUUCCGGAGACUAACGUUGCACACGUGGGGACACAGCACUUAGUUUGUAGGCGUAUGUGUCUAAAAUGCCCUGACCCGUGGGAAGGGAUUAAUUUAUAUGAAGCCCUUAUAUGUAUAUGUAUAUAUCCAUAUCAAAUAACUGAAAUGAGAGUUCUUAAUUGUUAAAUGACAAAGGUACUCAUUUUAUUUAGGAAGUUAUCUUCCUUGAUUUUGUUCUUUCCCUUCCUGACGGUUUUCAUGUAACUAAUUUGAAAUUCAACUGGGGACUAAAAUUUCCCAUUGAAAAUGUUAAAACAUUUUAGAGAACUGUGGAAAUACAGUUUAUUUUUUAUUACUUGCCAAUCUGGGAAUAUGCCUUUUAGAUGUUUUUUUAAGACUGCUGUAUUAAUACUUUUUGAAAGAACAAGACACUUAAAAAAAUCAACAUCCCAAAACUUCAAUCUGAAAUGUCUUACAUUAAGAAUUUCUUGAAUGUUGUGUACAUAUUUAAAAAAGCACUUUGUGAAAUAGUUUGUACAUUUAUUUCCUAAUUUAUACAUGGUUUCUGGUGUUAAUAUAUUUAAUGAUUAAUAACAGAAUGUUUAUUUAAUGUGUUGUCUGUUUUAAUGUAAUAUUGUGGGGAUAAAGUGAUGCCAGCAGUUCUUUUUAAUUAACUGUACUACAUCUUCUUUCCUGUAAUAUGAAUGUUUGAAAAAAGCUUAGGCUAAAUGAAUUGUUCGUGCAGUGUGCCUGAUGGUGCUUGGUUAUUUUAUGACUACUUCUGGGGAGCCAGUGAAGAUGCAAAGGAAGCCUGGAGUUUUUACACAUAAUUGUAAAAAGAGGACAACUGUUUGCAGUUCCAUUUAAAAUUAUAUAGCCAUUACUUCAUUUCUAUUUAUUGAGCAGGUCAAAUCUGUCUCAUUUGAGUACAGUGCAUUUUUUAAAAAGCAUCCUUAUUGGUUAAUUUUUUUUCAGAGUUUGGUGUAUUGUUUAUGCUUUUGUGUAAUCUAAUAAACUGGUUCUUCAAAAAUCAGGC